AUGGACCGUCAUGGUCACGUCUUGAUAUCAAUAGAGGAUAUUAUUCUGCUAACGAUCAAUCCCAGGUCCAAUCGAAAACCUCAAUAUUUCGAGAGCCGAGAGAGGGAGAGAGAGAGAGAGUGGGCACCCAACUUCGCUGGUCUGGGAUAUCGGAUUAUUUUAAGCACUCCACAACCCGACCCGAUGUACCACGGAGGCGAGAUCGCCUUACUCUCCGACUCGCAGCGCUGGCGAUGUCCAAUGGCGAGAGACAGUUGGUCAUCGAUCUGCCAGUGGUUGUGGAGGCUGUCGAGACGGGUUCCGUGGACGGGGAUCGACAACUGCAUGGGGAGUUUUCAGGCCAGACUGUUCUGUGUUGCUGUGGCAUAUCCGACGCUGGCUGAGAAACCCCAAUGUUACAUAUUUGGCGACUAUUGCACUGUCCCUGAGAGAUGUUGGACAGUGACUGAUUUGCUGUCGACGAUGGACAGAAGUCAAUUGCAGCCAUGGAUCAUGAUCUCACAGCUCCAGGGCUCCCAUGUCGGUGGGACUGGGGCCUGCUCUUCCACGACAUGCUCCGUUGCUGUCACUGCUCCUCCGCUCCGUACUCCGUAA